CACGUCUCGAUUGAUCCACAGGUGCACUGCGAGCUGACGCCGCUGAAGGACUUUUAUCGCGAGUUCCACUACGCAUACCGGCUGUCUCCACACCCCAACAUCCUCAAGGCGUACUCGGUGGCAUUCCGGGCGCCGCAGGAACAGUGCCUCGUGUUCGCCACGGAGGUGGCCCCGCUCGGGGACCUGAUGGGGCUGGUGCGUCCGGGUGGGCUGCCUGAGUCGCACGUCAAGAGGAUAGCCCAGCAGGUAGCCUCGGCACUCCACUUCAUGCACACCUCGGGUCUGGUGCACCGGGACGUGAAGCCGGAAAACAUACUGGUAUGGUCGUCGGACUGCAGCCUGGUGAAGCUGUGCGACUUCGGCUGCACGCGCGUCAUCGGAGAGCUGGCCACGCGUCCCCGGGGCGCGUGGAGCACCGGCCUACCGCCCGAGCUGAGCGACGCGGUCCGCAACGAGCGGGUGGCGUCCAAGCCCGCCGCGGACUGUUGGGCUCUCGCCGUCAGCCUUAUCGUGUGCCUUACGGGGUCGCCGCCGUGGAGAGCGCCCGCCGCCAUCGCCGACCCCAGCUACAGGGCCUUUCGCCGUUGGCAGAAGCGCCGCACCGCGCAAGUCCCCCACGCAUUCAAGAGGUUUACGCCUCGGUUGCUGCGCAUGCUCAAGCGUAUGCUGGAGCCUCACCCUGAGAAGCGGCCGGCCGUGACGGAGGUCAACAAGUACCUCAAGGACUCAUGGUUUUUGGAGGGAAGUAAAGGCCCCAGCCCUUCUUCCUCGGCGCACGCCAUCUUCGCCGGUACGCCAUCGACUGGUCCAUUCGGGAGAGCGACCCCGGGGCCGGGGCCCGUGGCCUGCCUCGGCGGCCUUGGGGCGUGCCCUCAGUGCCCGCCGGCACCCACCUCGGGCCCGGGGGACAGACCCGACCCUGCCAAGGGCCGCCUCAGGCACAUCCUCAGCAGCUACGGCCUGGAGACAACGGUGGACCAGGGGACGGCUACUCGGCGCAUAUGGGACUGGGUUCAGAGCUGCGAGCUACCACCCCAUGAUAACUCGGACGGUAUCUGAAGGUCGCUUCACCUGGUGUCGCCUAACGGAAACAACGCGCACCAGGCUGUGACCAACCCCCACCCGCUGAUGGCCUGGCGCCAGCCCAGGGUGGAGGUCACCGAAGACGAAGAUGACGACUUCGAGGAGGAGGAGGAGGAGGGUGAGGAGGAGAAAGUUGCUCGCGAUGAAGCCCUUCCAGACCAACUUCAGAUAAGGGUCGAGUCUUCCAACAGCAGUUGUUCCCCGGCGGGGAGUACCUCCGCUGGCCCUUGCCAGCCGUUCUUCAUCGCGCACACUCUCCGGAGGAGGAGCAUCAGCGACCCUGGUAGGCUCGCCUCCGUCCUGGUGUUUGGGCAGGACAACGACCCAGGACCUGGUCCGGGUCCCGGCCGACUUGACGGGGCUCUGCUUCCUGGUCCUGGGCCGCACCGGGCGCACCCCAGCAUGACGCAUUCAGUCGAUAAGAUCGUCGACUUUCUCAAGUUCCUCAACUGACGACAGGCCGCGCUGCUGUGCCUCGUAUGUUGCUACCUGCUCAAGGUGGUCCUCUCGGCCUGAAUGUGACCUCGGCCGCUAGCAGGCGCAGCAUACGCCACACAGCGAGCUCGGGAAUGAGGGGGUCACGACCUCGCCCCACUACCACUCCCCGUGCGGCGGCACGUGCACUUACCUUCAUUUAGUAUGACAGAGCUGCCACCUACGUCAACUUUCAGUCGAUUCAAGUUGGCGUCAUCGCUACUUCAUGUGGAGUCUACAAGACAGGUGCAGCAGCCGGCCGGACUGUUUUACAAGAGGGCAUAAUCAUCCUUUCGCUAGGAUGAGACUGGAUUUACGUAGAUUGUAGAGUGUUUUGCUUGCCACCCCCUCUCCGUUUCCCCCGUUUUUCUCCUUUCCUCGUUUUUUUCAGUCCUAUUCCUAGUUCUAUACAGUCUUUCUGUGCUAAUAGCUGUGAGAAACGAUUUUCUUGUGCCAAAUGAUUCUUUUGUUUUUAAGAGAUGUCCUGCCACACACUAGUAGAUUUGAGAAUAGCGGAGUGUACACCUGCAGUACUCUCCCCUGAAAUAGCCUUCAGCGGGUAUUUCGGUGCACUCGCCGGUGCGAGCGGAUUUGUCUACUCCCUCUGCCGUUCGGCGCCAUAGCCCCUGUGAGUAGGCAAGCCCACGCUCACCGGAACGUGCCCCGCAACAUCCUGGACAGAGUUAUAUUUUAAGAGGUAUAAGUUUAUAGUGACUUUUUGGCCAAAACGUAUCCGCUGUCGCAUUUAUACUUCUUUAAUCCCUGUCUCCUUUUUCAUAUAUUUUAUCAUACCUGUGCAGUACUUUGUAUGUUAGUUCAAUGAUGUAGAGUUCUGAGACUUGAUGAAUGAAUUUUGAUUGACUUGGCAUAGAAAAUAUAAUCGGAACCAUAAAUUUAAUAAAAUCAAAACGAAAUUGAUUAAUGAACAAUGGUUUGCUCAAGGGGCUCAUGCUUAUAAACUAUGGUCUAGUUUCCUUAAAUUAGAGGUAGGGGCCGCAUAAAGUUCUCAAAUGACUGAGAUAUUAUUUGCCGUAAAAAGUACAAAGAUAUGUUUACGCUUUUCCUUUUGUAGUCAAUGUUCAUAUUUUUAAAGGAAAUGCUAUACUGACAGAAUGUGCCAGUAAAAGAGUAUUAAACAGUAAAGAGGAUUUAAAUGAGAAAAUGAAAUUUGGGAAUUUUGAAAGAGACAAUGAUAAAUUAUAACAAUGAUUUCAAUCAGGGAUUGACCGCUUUUUGAUUAUGACAUCGCCAGGGACUUGAUGAGGAAUAUGGUGGAAAUCUAUUGACAGUUCCACAUGCCUCAACUCUGCAGUGCACAUUUAAGCACAUUCCUGACGAAAAAUAAAUAUAUAAAAAGAUUGUAACGCUAUUGUUAUGAUUCAGAAGUCUUAGAAAUACAUUCCACUGUGUUUGUGGAGAGCUAAGAAGAUGCUUCAUAGUUGUUUCUGAAUAAAGAACUGUAGUAAAAUGUAGUGUAAAACUACGUGAUAUACCUUUAUCUUAGGCAGUGCUAGCAAGUUCUUCCAUGCUGUAAAAUAUUUUUUUAAAUAUGUAUAAGAUUAAGUGAUGUGCCAUUUCACAUAUCGAAUGUUAUUUGAAUACAGGUGAACAGCCUGUCUGUUGCAAGCAGUUUGCAUCUUCAAACUACAAGGAAAUUCUAAACAUAUGUCGUUGUAAUGAUACCCUUGCUUGGGAACCGUACAUACGUUUCUUGAUUGUUUGAGACAAUAUUUACUGUAGUGGACCAAUGUACUCAAUGUAGAUUUUUACCCCAGUGAUAAGGUCACCUAAUCAACAGAAUUUCAAAUAAAUUGUAACGGCUUGGUAAGCCUUUCAGAAAAUUUGCCCUUACAACGAGAAAGGUGUCACUUGCAGACAUAUUCAAUUCAAACGAACAGUUUUUUCCUUUUCUCCUAGAACUUGAAGCUUGCUUUAUACCAAGCUGAGAAUUUUCUUAAACUAUGUAGUUUGCUAAUAAUUAAAAGUCUUGAGGGUUCAUCACAGGGACACUUUUAUUCUACUAAUUAAACAUUAGAUUAUGAUUUGGUGUUAGCAAAUAUCGUGAACUGUUACUGAUAAAAUCAGAAAUAAGGACUGUACGCUAUGCUGACAUUUAGUAAAUUCAGUAUUAAUAAAAUAGAUAAAAUGUAUCUUCCUGUAGAUAUUUAGCAAAAUUGUGCAAACAUUGCUAUUUUACCUGCAAUAUUAUCUGAGAGCUCGAAGUAAACGUGACAAUUUUAAAAAUAAAAUGUUCAUUCAAUA